AUGAUGGUUUCUAUGUCUAUGGAGGAAGAGACGAGAAUUAUGAAAAAAAAUGAUUUGCACUUCUAUUCAAGGCAAACCAAUUCUUGGGCAGAAAUUGUGCCCAAUGGCUCCGUGCCCGCACGGCAAGCUCCGACAGCUGUGUGGAGCAACCAAGCUGAUGGGUUCUACGUUUUUGGAGGAUGCUGCUGGGAGAAUGACUUGCAUUUCUAUUCCAGGGAGUCCAAUUCCUGGGAAAAGCUUUCACCUGCUGGCACCUUACCACUUGGACGAGAAGGGGGGGAAUCAGUGUGGGGGGAUGCCGCAGAUGGUUUCUACGUGUGCGGAGGCUACCAGAGCAAUUUUGGAAUCAUUAUUGAUCUGGCUUUUUACUCUCGAGCCUCCAAUGCGUGGCAGCGGCUUUGGCCCACAGGUUCCCCGCCAGAUGCCCGCUACCACCACACCUUGGUAUGGAGUGAAAUUGAUGACGGAUUCUAUCUCUUUGGAGGUUAUGCCAACGUCGCGGAAGACGAUGGAUACGGGGGCUGGGGCACUUUUCAAAGAAAUGAUUUGUAUCUCUACUCAAGGCAGGCAAACUCGUGGCAAAAACUGGAGCCUAACCACGACCACGACAACAACGUACACAUCAUCGACGCAGACAACCAAUACUUCUACCUCCUCAACGUUUACCUGGACUACCAUGACAAGUACGACCAUGACAAGCUCGAUGACAACAUUGACAAGUUCAACAUCUACUGUCACGACGUUGACCCACACAUCAUCCACCACCACGUGGACGACAGCAACAACAACGGCGACAUCCACUUGGACGUUGACCAGUGUGCAAGACGAAGCCGCAUCCGCAUCAGCUUCAGGUGUGAUGCCAGACUGCGAUUUUUCUUCGUGGUCACGAUGCUGAUGAAGAAUGCCACCGAGCACCUGAAAAGUGCUGACCUGUUCACUCCACAGGCGGAGAUGAGAGUUUUUCUGCUGAAAAGCCUCUAUUGGGCUGCCUCUGGGCAAGUUGCGAUCACAGAAAAGCUGAUUCUGCAGUUCAAAGCAGAUGUGGUCCAAGAUACUCGGCUUGGUGCUCAAGUUGCUGCAGCUUGGCUGUGGGAUAAGAGGGCAAAUGCUGUGAAGGAGGCGCAGAAGGAGCGCGCUGCAGCGGCGCGGGAACAGAAGAAAAGCCCGCAAGGUGCGAGUUUCUCCUCACAGCGUAACGACCACGUUUUUUUUGGCCCUCACCGGAAUCAUUGGAGGAAAGAGCUGAUUAAGAAGGGUGCCAGCACCAAGCUCCUGAGUCCCAUUGGAGGUGACCUUUUCACCUCUGCUACAGGUGAGGCCAUGAACUUCUCCGUGAAUGAACUGGGAGCAGUCCUGAUUGAGACCUAUGGCCUUGAUGUCAAUCAUCAAGAUGAGAACGGACAGACCUGCGGAACAAUGUCAGGGACGAUGUCGCAGAUGAAGUCAGUGAUGCGUAUCGGUAUCACAGGGGAGACGAUCUCCGCAUGUCACCUCCAGCUGUCCCUGGCCCCUGUGCCGCUUCCAAGGGACGCCGAGAAAAAGGGUUCUGUGGCUCUAGAGGGAGCCGAAGUUGGCCAACAGCGUCCAAAGCAGGCUGUUAAACUUUUGAUUGGAGGGCACAAUGCCAACCCAAAUCAGGCGGAGCGGGCCAUGUUGUACCUGGUGGGUUUGGGCAAUCUUGGCCAUCCGGUCAGCCCUUCUGGGCAGACGCUGCUACAUCAAGCUGCCCAGAAUGAGCAGCACGCCCUGGAGGUCGCCAAAGUGUUGAUCCACUUCAAAGUGGAUGCGGAAAAAACCGACAUCUACGGGCAGACGGCCAUCUUCUAUGCAGCCAGGGAUGGCAAUGCAGAAUUGUGCGAGUUCCUCCUUCAGCACGGUUGUGCCGUGAACCACGUGGACACGAAUCGGCAGACGCCGAUAUUUUACUCCGUGCGUAACGGCCACGGGUUCGGGGUUGAAUCUUGGAACUUGGAUCUAAGAUUCUGGGGUGUUGAACUCGUUUUCACCAAGAUGGCGGCGACGAACGUCUUCCUAAAGCGCGGGGCGGAUGUGGAGAUCAAAGAUGAGUGUGGCUUCACGCCCAUCUUUUGGGCGGCCGAAUCUGGCCGCGUGGAUACGAUGAGACUCAAUUGA